AUUGGAUAACGCUACGCUGUCAGAGACAGCUGUUUCCCACUACGCUGCCCUCGCAUAUAAUGCGCAGACCGAUAAUUUAUUUUUUCUCUUGCCGGAUAAAAUGGAUUUCAUACUUUUGUUAAAUUAUUUACCGCGAUUAUUAAAAAUCCUAUUUAACGUAAAUUAUAUUGAUUUUCAGUAUUCGCAGUGAGUAACGCACGUGAUGCGCAAGAUGUAUUAUUUUAACCUUGUUGUUCGCCAAAUGUUAAACAAGGUUAAAAAAUAAUACUCCAUGCGCAUCACGCGUGAACGCAGCCGGGGACGGCAUAACAGCAGCCAAAAGUAGGGAUGUAUGUAUGUAUCCAAGUAUCGUACGACACGCUUGAGCUUCAUAAGUUAAAUUAAAGGAUAUAAACACGAUAUCACUGCGAGAGAAACCUUAAAUUUUAAGCCUCCGAUAUGCUGCGGCAAAUAAUAAUACUGGUUAUUAAUUUUUAUAUGUGAUUAUAUUUACCUGAUCAUAUCAAUUUGUUUUUGUCUUCAAGGGAGAUAAUCUUAAGCAUUUCGAGGUAAUUUUUCUUCCAUCGUAAUACUUUAUUGGUAGAAAAACUAAUCAAAAAUAUUGUUCGACGACAUUAUUUUUAAAACGAUUGUUAUUUCAAAUAACUACUCUGAUAAUGCCACCUGCUGGCACAAGCCAUAAAUAAACUGCAAAAUAAAGUAGUGCAACGCUAUGAAGAGGCCUUUUACGAGAGGAAAUCCCGCGUGAGAUUUUCAUCGUUUCUUGAUAGAUUUUUCACUGAGAAUUUCACUCAGAAUAUAGUACUGCUCCUCUAUCCACAGUUAUUAAACACUUUCAAAAUAGAUCGAUGUCGAACGACGCUGCCUUACCCGAUACGAUGGAGGAAAAAAUUGACAUUGAAUUCGUCGAAGUGCCAUCAUAUUCUUUCAUCACGAAAAAGAAACGUGGCCAGAUGAUCCACAGCGAUCGUAAGCUUGAAGUUAUUAAUUUAUACAAGCGAAUUAAGAAAGCCGCUCCAGAAAUGUUAAAAAAACAAAUUGUUACUCUAUUGUCAGAGGAAUCGGGUGUUAGUAAUAACAGCAUAAAAAAAAUAUUGUUGGAGUAUAAGCGGACAGGUGGGAUUUUAAUCCCAAAUAGGAAGAGAUGUCGCCGAUUCAAAGACAAAAGUGACGACGAAGUUAACAAGAAAGCUAUUCGGAGAAAAAUUCAUGAAUUUUAUAUGAACAAUAUAUUCCCAACGACGGUCAGAAUUCUACAGGCUUUAAGCGACGACAAGAAACUCUUGAAUUUUAAACGAUCAACAUUCUAUUUACUGAUGAAGGAACUGAAUUUUACAUUUACAUUUACCAACCAAGGCCACAUCCUGACGGAGACACAAGAUCUGGUUAUUUGGAGAAGAACCUACCUAAAAACUAUCAAGAGAUAUCGAGAGGAGGGUCGGCAGAUUUAUUAUCUGGAUGAGACUUGGAUUAACGUCGAUGAUACUGCAAAUAAAGAUUGGAUGGAAACAGUUAAAUUCAAUAAGGAUGCAUCCUUCCAUCGGUUGACCGCGAAGCCAGCCGGUCCGAGUGAAGAAGACAAGUUACUUUUUCUGCAUAUCGGCAGCGCUGCCGGUUUCGUUCCCGACGGACUUCUAUGUUUCCCCUCGACAGCGGAAAAUUAUUACAGCAACGAAAUAACCGUCAACCUAUUUCACAAAUGGUUCAAACGUAUCCUACCAUCGUUAGACGACAAUGCUGUCAUCGUCAUGGAUAACGCUCCGCAUCAUUGUGCGAAAGUGGAAAAAUUACCGGAUAUCUCUUGGAAGAAAGGCGAAAUAAUAAAAUGGUUGGAGAGCAAGGGAAAAGAAGUGUCCGCGGAGACUAUGGCGAAGGCCGAGCUCUUGCACAUUGUUGCACAACAAAAGAACAAGUUCGAUAAGUAUAUCAUAGACGAAAUGGCGAAGCAGGAAGGCAAAACGGUUCUCAGAUUACCUCCGUAUCACAGCGAUCUCAAUCCGAUUGAAAUAAUAUGGUCAAUGAUUAAAAAAUCCAUUAAGAGUAGUAACAACAAUGGUAAUGCAGAAGAUGUGAAACUGUUAGUUGAACAAGGUGUUAGUCAGGUAACAGCUGAAUAUUGGAAUAAUUUUAUAAAGUUUGUGAAAAAUGAAGAGAAAAAGAUGUUUCAGAUUGAUGACUUGAUUGAGAAAAUGAUUGACGGUUCGUCAGUAAUUAAAAAUAAAGAGACAGAUUCCGAAAUGACUGAUAGCGAUUUCUAAUCUCGGCUGCAUACCAAAUCUCAUAUAUUUAACUACUUUUAUUUGUACAGUAUGAAGAUUCGAGUCAUUCGAACGGCUGUAUAAUUUAAAUAAAAGAUUUGAUAUUACAUACAUUGAAAUAUCAAUAUUAUUUCACUCGCUCAAUUUUCUAAACCUGAGUAUACUCAAGCUUAGAAUUUAUACGAUAUAUAGUUUUAAAAAUAAAAAAUACUUUAUCACGCAAUUACUUGGUAAUUACUUGGCUAGUAAUUACUUGAUUAGUAAUUUGCAACUCGUAAUUUGCAAUAUACAGUAAAAACAAACGCUAAAAAUCAAAUAAAUUUUAAUUAUUUUCUUUGUACUCUUAAAGUUAAAGUAUAGAUACACAAAAUAUAUGUGUUAUUUCAACAACGUGAUUGUUUAAAGUUCUUAAUUAAAUUAAUUUUAUAAAGUUUUGUGGCGUGAAUUAAAAAUUUGAAUACAGUUUACAGCUUAAAAAAAAAAUGAAUUUUUACCUUUAAUUAAUUUUUUAUUGAACAUGAGUUGUGUGUGAUUUUUUGCAUUAUUCAACAUUGCGACAAAAAAUGGCUCUUUCAGAAUAUAUUUACAUUAACUAUUAGAUUAUUUUAAUAAGAAAUUUAUAGGUAAUUUAAUAAAAACAAUUCACGUACGGCAUAAAUAAAAUGUUUAAUGUACAAUGCGUACUUUGAGUGCCCCUAAUAAACAGAAAAAUUACUCAAA